CGAACAGCAGAAGUAUGUGAAACUGGAUUGUAUUGAUGGACGGUUUGACUUUAUGCUAUUUAAUCUAAAAGGUAUGUUUUAUUUCACUUGAUUCAAAUAUGAUACAUAUUUUAUAUAUAAAUGUUGUAUUUUAUUUAUAUCAAUGUUGUAUGAUUUCUUAAUCUUUACAUGUAAAGUACAUUCAGUUUUAUCUUCUCAUCUUUUUCAGUCAUCGAGAGAUUUUGCUUGCCUCCGGAUGCAAAAGUUUUAUUCAAGGAUGCAACAGGGACUGAAGUCGAUGCAGAAAUAUUCAGCGACCUCGUUGGACAAAGCAAUGUGGUGCUGACCGUUUUCUCAAACGAUGUUGGUUGAAGAUGUGCUUAAAUUCAAGUCUGGUGGUGAAGCAGUACUACAGGAGUAUCAAGAAACAGAAACUCUUACAGAUGCCACAAGAAGACACAUGAUAAACAUUCUGGUGUCUCACAUGAUUGAUACACACGGGCAACUCCCAACUAAAGCAAUCAGAGAACAGUAUGCUCAUGGCAUCGUGGUGCUGUUCCCUUCCCUCAGAGAUCCAUAUUCUAAGAAAGGCUACGUGGAUCAAGACUUCACUCUCCUCUUUGAUGCUGAGAUAUCCUCCAGGCUGCUUCAAAAGUGGGACACGUUCUUCAGGCCAAAUGUCAUAAAAGAAGCCAAGCAGCUAUCAUCAACAGCAGAGUUGAGUCAGUUGUUGCUAUCAGCAGAAGGUGAUCUUGACGAGGCAAGAAGAGGACCGAAGUCUCCAAAAAUCAGUGCAUGUAAUGCUGUUGAAAGACUUGUAAUCUUUCAUAAGUCAUGCUCCAGUUUGGAGGAGCACCUCCGAAACAACCGGCAUCAGCACCCGUACCUCCUUGCAGUUGGACGUCAGAAAAGCAAGACUGACAGCUUCUACAUCACCUUGGAUAAGCAUCUCAUCCCAUGCCAGGCAAACCGCUCCCUUGGGGAAUUUGAUGAACUUUUUAAGGCACAUUUUGUGUUCAAUUUGUCCUAUGAUACUGCACUUGUGAGCUUUUACACAUUCCUGCAGACAACAGUGUAUAACAUUGAUGUAGGGAAAAUGAAGGAGUCACCCAGAGUCAAAGACUUGAGAGCCAGACUGCUUAAUCAGACAGUAACCUUGUCUUAA